GAGCGAUGCGGGGUGGGGAGGAGGGGACACCUCGAUCCCAGCCCCGCAGGAGAAGCCCUGACAGGUUUGUGAAAAGGCCCCGGCCGCGUCCCCUCGGCUCGGACAAAAGACUUGCACCGAAAUGUCACUUCCCAUCUGGAGCGAGGCGAUGAGGCGCCUCGUUAUUCCUCUGGUUCGCACCGAUGCCGGGGCGGGGGGACCUUUCAGGUUCCACGCUGCCUGCGGUGCCGACAGGGACAGCCAUCCACUCCGAGAGCCGGUGAGCUCUCCUGGCUGUCGCGUCGCCGUGGGGGGAGCUGGAGCCGGGGAGAAGCCGUCUCUGGCCCCAGCUCACCCCAGUUUCCCCCAAAUCAGACGGGGCUGAGUUUCGGAUGGGGCUGGAGACGGCCCUGGAGCAGCCAGCAUUGGCCUUGGGGUCCAGCCACCGGAGCCGGGGGGAACCAGGACCAACACCAGGGCCCCUGGACGCCCCGUCCAGCACGAUCCUGGACAGCCUUUGCUCUCAGAGAGUCCCCGCCGCCCUCUUUCACCUCCUUUGGCCUCAAAAUUGAGCCCUGAGGCAGAGCACGCCAGGCAGGCAGUGCCCCUGGAGACGAGCGGGCUGGCAGGGAGCAGGCAGGAGUGCCGGCAUCGGGGCAGCACCCGGCAUCCCCGGGACGGAUGCCCGAGGCUGCGUUAGCACCCAUGGGGUGACCCCGUAGCCUGGCAGGGUGCUCAGGGUUGUGCCCCAGCCACGGGGGGUCCGCAGGGCUCCCCCCCCCCCCCCCCCACCAGCGUCCCCAGAAGUGUCCCCAUGGCUGAUGGCAUCUGGCUGGUCUCAAGCUGCAGGAGCCCGGCCAGCGGCAUCGCUCUGGCAAGACGGGGGCCGUGGCUCUGCGCCCGCACGGGAGGCGGUGGCGGCGGGGGGGGAAACGAGCAGGCAGGGCGCCGGCAGGACAGCCUGCCUCCCGUCCCGCGGAUAAGCGGAGCAGGGGCUGACGGUUUGUUGUGUCUGCCGCCGGCCCAAGGUUUUUCUCAGGCCCUGGAGCGUCGCACCCGCCGUGAUACAGAACCAGGACCCAACUGCAGCGGCACCGCAGCAGGCGCGGAGCCCCGGCACAGCCGCCGCCGGGGUGGGGAUGCUCGCGGGGCCCCGGCACGCGUGCGUGUGUAUGCGGCUCUUGGCGUCUACGCGGUCUGGCAGGGGAGACAGGAAAGGGAGAAGCGCGGCAGCGAGCGAGGGGUUAAGGAGCGGCGCCAAGCUGGGGCUCUGUUUAGUCUGGCCCCCGCGUCAGCGAUGGGACGGGCGGCACGGAGCACGUGUCCAUCACCCCGGCCCAGAGCAAGCACUUGAACGCUUACACGCACGCAGGCACCCUUGCACGCCGCACGCACGCGGGCGUGCUCCCUGACGGGUCGCUGGUGUGACACGGACGGUGUCCCCACAACCCGUGCACGCUGUCGAGCGUGACACCGUGGCCCAGCUCUGGCUGGAGCCAGGGACCGCGGGGAGCUGGGGACGCGCCGAGUGUCCCGGCAUCGCCGUCACCCCUGCGCCUCUUCCCACGCUGGACAGGGACCAUGGAACCCAGGCGUCCGGGCCGGCCCCCCCGGUUCAAGGUGACAUACGGCUUUGUCCCACGUCCUCCUCGCCUGCCACGUGCUGUUUCGGGAGGCUGCCGCGUCCCUCUUGCCGGCACCAACAGCACCCCGUACGGUGCUGAACUCCCAGCUCGGCGGCCCCGUGCCACGGCAGCCGUGCAGGCGGCGAGGGCAGGGGGGACGGCAGGUCCCCUGCCGCGGGGUGACAGGCAGGGCCGUGCCGUGCCGUGCCUUGCAGGGGAGCAGCGCCAUGUCCCUCGGCGCGCCCACGAGCAGCGACGCCUGCCUGAGCAUCGUGCACAGCCUGAUGUGCCACCGGCAGGGCGGGGAGAACGAGACCUUCGCCAAGCGAGCCAUCGAGAGCCUCGUCAAGAAGCUCAAGGAGAAGAAGGACGAGCUCGACUCGCUCAUCGCCGCCAUCACCACCAACGGCGCCCACCCCAGCAAGUGCGUCACCAUCCAGCGCACCUUGGACGGGCGGCUCCAGGUGGCCGGCAGGAAGGGGUUCCCCCACGUCAUCUACGCCCGGCUCUGGCGCUGGCCCGACCUGCACAAAAACGAGCUGAAACACGUCAAAUUCUGCCAAUUCGCCUUCGACCUCAAAUACGACAGCGUCUGCGUCAACCCCUACCACUACGAGCGCGUGGUGGCCCCUGCCAUCGGUCUGAGCAUCCAGAGCACAGAUGGAGGUGCCGCCCGAGCGGGAGCAGGGGGUCAAGCGGGCGCCGCGUCUGCCCCCCGCCGAACCCUACCGCCAGCCGCUGCCCCCCCUGCAGCUCCCCGAGUCCCCCCGCAUCCCCAGGAGCCUCUACCCCGCGCUGCCCAUGUCCCCCCCAGUGGCUCCAGGAGGGUCCCUGCUCUCGCUGCCCCACGGCGAGGGGCUGCUGCAGAUCGCCUGCCCCACACCACCCCCGGCCGCCCCGGCGCAGCCCACCCCGCAGAACGGCUACCCCAAGCCGCCCUACCACAGUUCACCGGCGAGCUGGACCGGUGCAGCCGUCUACGCACCGAGCCUGGGGGGGCCGCAGCCCACCCCCCCACCGCAGCCCGGCAGCCGGAGCCACCCGCAGCCCCCGCUCCACCACCCCAACCACUACUGGCCCCCACACCCCAGCUCCGGGCCGUACCAGCACCCGGUGUCCACCCACCCCGGUGGGGGAGAUCUUCAAGGUGCCGUCCAGCUGCCCCGUGGUCGUCGUGGACGGUUACGUGGACCCCUCGGGGGGGGACCGCUUCUGCCUGGGGCAGCUCUCCAACGUACACCGCACCGACGCCAGCGAACGGGCCCGGCUGCAUAUCGGGAAGGGCGUGCAGCUGGAGUGCCGGGGCGAGGGCGACGUGUGGAUGCGGUGCCUGAGCGACCACGCCGUCUUCGUGCAGAGCUACUACCUCGACCGGGAGGCGGGGAGAGCCCCCGGCGACGCCGUGCACAAGAUCUACCCCGGCGCCUACAUCAAGGUAUUUGACCUGCGCCAGUGCCACCGCCAGAUGCAGCAGCAAGCGGCCACGGCCCAGGCUGCAGCCGCAGCUCAGGCUGCCGCCGUGGCCGGCAACAUCCCGGGUCCCGGUUCGGUGGGAGGCAUCGCGCCCGCUGUGGGGCUUUCGGCAGCGGCGGGGAUCGGCGUGGACGACCUGCGGCGGUUGUGCAUCCUGCGGCUGAGCUUCGUCAAGGGCUGGGGGCCCGACUACCCCCGGCAGAGCAUCAAGCACACGCCGUGCUGGAUCGAGGUGCACCUCCAUCGCGCCCUGCAGCUGCUGGAUGAGGUCCUGCACACCAUGCCCGCUACCGAGCCGGGCCCCCUGCGCUAACGCCCGCCCCUCUUAAUUUAAUUUUUGUAAGAAAAAGCCAAAAAAAAAAAAACAAAACAAAAAAAAAAAAAAUAGAAGGAAAAGUACCGAAAACAUGUGGCAGGGGGGUUUAACCGU